AUGUUUUUCAAGUUGUUCUACGUCAUGUCGAUAAUAUACAACGCGACCUUGCUAUGCAUCAAACUCAGCCUCUUCUUUCAGUACUACCGGUUGAUAAGGGACAUCCCUCGCUACUCCUUUAUCUACAUUGUCAUCAUGGGCAUAAUAACUAGCUGGACAAUCGCCCAAAUUCUCGUUCUCUCUCUCAUCUGCAUCCCAGUCCAGGGGUACUGGGACCCGACGAUAUCAGCGAAAUGCCUCGACCCCGAUUCAGUCGUAUGGGUAAACUCGAUAGGCAACAUCGUCACCGACAUCAUCGUGCUGUUGCUUCCGAUGCCCGUCGCAUGGCGUCUGAACCUCAAGAAGGGACAGAAGUGGGGCGUGAUUGGGAUAUUCGGUCUUGGAUUCCUGACGUGUGUGGUAUCCAUCUUCCGACUGGUCUUCUUCACCAUGAUGACCGCAGACUACACGCGAGAUUUCGUUCCCUUCCUCGCAUGGAGCCAGGCGGAGAUGGCCUCGGGCCUCAUCUGCUCGGCCCUCAUCACGCUUCGCCCGCUGGUGGGUAUCGUGUUCCCGGCUUUCCGAACGAUAAAGAAGAUCACGAAUGGCCUUAAGUUCUACAAGAUCGGUGGUGGGGAGUCGGGCCUGGGCUCGCGGAGGAAGAGCGCGAACCUUGACGCGAAGCUGACGAGGCGCCCGAGCCGCGAUCCGUUCGGCGGGAGCGAGACGGAGCUGACACGGCGCGACGAACUGGACACCUAUCGAUCCUGCAAGCGGAAGGUGAACUUUCGCGACUCCGCGCUCGAUAAGCGAAGGUCAGUGCAGAGCAUGAAGGUGGCGAGGACGGCCCAGAAGCACGAAAGGAACGUGACCGCCCACAGGCACGACAAGUUCCUUGGUUUGGAAUCAGGGGUGCGGACAAUCAUCAGUUCGGGCGACAACGACAGUAUGAUUUCGGUGUCGUCGCCGACGAUCGAUGGCAUCAUGGUGAAGCAGGUGUGGACUGUAGGCGACAAAGAAACGCGCGGUGAUGAAGAUGAUAUACCACAGGUCCCGCGUAGUCCAUAG